GAAAAACCCCAUGGAAGCUGCCAUGGGCUCCCCUGAGGAAAGGCGGGGCAGAACUGUGGGAUAAUGAGGAGGACGAAUAAACAAAAAUCUGCUGAAACAACAUCCCUGAGAAGGCGGAGGGUGUAUAAAAGAGCUGGUGCUCACACAUAGCUGACCUCGCAGCUUCCCACACGCACAACACUGACCCACAUAAGCACAUACUGUACUGUACCCCCCUCACACACACACACAGUUUUUUGAGGGGCUGGGGAAGGCGAGCGUGCACGGCGGCCCAGCCUCGCGCACCAGCCGCGGGGGCGCGCGCUCGCCCUUCCCUCCGUCCCAACCGCCGCUACUGCUGCUACCGCCGGUCCCUUUCCCCCGAAGGAGGCCUCUCCGAAGCACCAUGGAUACAGCCAGCCACAGCUUGAUUCUUUUGCAGCAGCUGAACAUGCAGCGGGAGUUCGGUUUUCUCUGUGACUGCACCGUUGCAAUUGGAGACGUGUAUUUCAAAGCCCACCGGGCAGUCCUGGCUGCCUUUUCAAACUAUUUUAAGAUGAUAUUUAUUCAUCAGACAAGCGAAUGCAUAAAGAUUCAGCCAACCGACAUCCAGCCAGACAUAUUCAGCUAUUUGCUGCACAUCAUGUAUACUGGAAAAGGCCCAAAACAGAUGGUCAACCAUGCCCGGUUGGAGGAAGGCAUCCGUUUCCUGCACGCCGACUACCUUUCUCGCAUGGCAAUUGAAAUGAACCAGAUGCUUUCUCCAGAGGCUGUGCCUUCUUCAAACCUGUAUGGGAUUCAGAUUUCCACCACACACAAGACUGUCAAAGAAAGCCUCCAGACAAAAGAAAGUUUGACAAGCCUCGGUAGCAGAACUGCUAAUCAGGGUGACCACCCGCAGCUUCAGCUAUCUCUAGCGAUUGGGCUGGAUGAUGGCUCUUUGGACCAGGAGGUUUCUCAUCCUUCUGUCCAGACAGCUGGGAAGCCAUUAGAAGAGACCACCAGCCCAUCUGUGACUAUAAAACAAGAGAAAGUGGACACGGAACCGGUGGUGUCUCAGAGUCACACGUCUUCGUCCCCCGAUGUCAGGGGUCCAGCUUUUUCUAAAACCAAAAUCCAUUUAUGUCAGUACUGCGGGGAGCAUUUUGAAUCCCGGAAUAAUCUACGUGAACAUCUGUUCACUCACGUAUCUGGAUCGCUGCCCUUUGGGGUUCCAGCUUCAAUCCUGGAAAGCAGUGACCUUAGCCAGCUCCAAGCUGUUAAUGACAACCACCAGGCCGUGGAAAGCCACCGCCUUGGCCCUUUUCUUCGAAGAGAGAAUGAGGGCCAGUCUGAACAUCCCAGUCGCAGCACUCUGGAGCCCUUGCCCAUCGGCCAGCUCUCUCUCGUAUCCAAAGACUCUGAGCCUGUGGAGUUAAACUGCAACUUUUCCUUUUCGCGGAAAAGGAAGGUGAGCUGCACAGUCUGUGGUCACAAGUUUCUGCGGAAAAGCCAGCUGCUCGAACACAUGUACGCCCACAAAGGCAAACACUUCAAGUUCAGUCGAUGCCAGAGGCUUGGCAGUGCAGUGACCUCCAAGUUUCAGCCGUACGGUGACAGCUGGACUCAGAAUAUGAUGAAAAGUGCCGCCCUCACGCAGGCUCAUGUCAACUCACAAACUGUAUCAGAUCCUGACCUCUCACAAGAGAGCAUUGACACCAUCCUAGUAGAAUAGGGGCUUUUUUUUGUUUCUUUUUUGCACCCUUUGUAUUACAUAUGUUUUACAUUCGUGCAUUUGGUGCCCUAUCUUUAUGACUAUUGCCAAAGGUGUCUUGUGCUCCUGAAAGUCUUGUUCUCUGUUCUCUUAUGGACUUGGGGAACUUCUUAUCAUCCUACUCCAGUCUUGCAGACAGGAGGAAAACCAUGCGGGAAAAGUUUGUGACAUGGUUGUAUCCCACCUGUGUAUUGGCCAUAGAAAGAACUCCUGUGAAAUGCAAGCAGAUCUUCUGUGGUUUUGCAUGUGUAAGGUUCUAGAUUUGGGUUUUAGGACUGAGAGAGAUCUUUACCUAAAGUUAGAUGGACAAUUGUUGUUAGUCAGAAUUAGCCGUGGUAGCUUAAAUGGCCUCUGGCCUGAUCCACAUCUAGGAUGGCUUUAUGUCCUCUUACCACUAGUUUUGUACUUAACCCCUCUGUACUUCAAAGUGGGAUGUUCCCAAAUGAUUUUAGCCUGAUAUGAAGUAUGUGUGUGUGAUUACAAACUGGGACAUAGAGAGCCUCUGAAGUUCCGUUCCAGAAUUAAAAAGAAAUACUGUAAAAAAUAAAUACAAUUUCUGUUAUUUUUCUACAACAGUAGGCAAGGCUACAGUGCUUAACCCUUUCAUAGUUAGAUUAAUCAAGUUAAAACUUUCUAGUCCAUUUAGGCAUGUAUUUUAUUAAUGAGGUUGUAGUCUGUUCUUUUUAAUUGGUUUCAAUAAAAGGACUUACAAACCUUGAGCGGGGAACUAUCA